AAACUUAAUUAUUUAAUUGGAGGAUAAUUGCUUUACAAUAUUGUUAGAAAAACUCUGGCAAAAAAAUACGUACAACGUUUCCUUGUGAACCGGCACACGCAUUUUCUGAGGGGGGAAAAACCGUAACAUGAAUCGAAUUCUCAAAGUGGGUCUAAGAACUAAAACUCUGCGCUGAAACAUCUCCUCAUACGGAAAUUCAGCGGCUCCCAGUUGAUUGGCUACACUUUCGUUAGUUGUUCAAUUCAGCAUUUUUUAAUCUUCAUGAAAAAUUUUAGAAAGGAGGAAACUUCACUCGCUUUGGAGACGAUACGCCUUUGAUGCUCAAUGCCUGUGAUUAAAUUUCCUACAAUAAAAGCAAAGACGGAAAUAGGGCCUGUGACGAAUCUGCUGCUUCAGAUGUUAAGGUUCGGUCGGUCUAAGAAGAAGAAUCUUCCGUCGCGAAGAGCUCGGCACAGGUUUCGGCGGGAAAGGAAGCCCGAGCUUUGCUGAGAACAUGAAUGAUUGGAUGCCCAUUGCCAAGGAGUAUGACCCUCUCAAAGCUGGCAGCAUUGAUGGCACCGACGAAGACCCGCACGAUCGUGCAGUCUGGAGGGCGAUGCUGGCACGAUACACCCCCAACAAAGGCGUCACAGGGGACCCCCUCCUCACCCUGUUUGUGGCAAGACUAAACCUGCAGACCAAAGAGGAGAAGUUAAAGGAAGUGUUUACCCGCUACGGGGACAUCCGGCGGCUUCGGCUAGUGAGGGACUUGGUCACAGGCUUUUCGAAGGGCUACGCCUUCAUUGAAUACAAAGAUGAGCGUUCUCUGCUCAAAGCUUACCGGGAUGCUGACGGCUUGGUCAUCGACCAGCAUGAAAUAUUUGUGGACUAUGAGCUGGAGAGGACUCUCAAAGGGUGGAUUCCUCGGCGACUCGGAGGAGGUCUGGGUGGGAAGAAGGAAUCUGGGCAGCUGAGAUUUGGGGGGCGGGAUCGGCCUUUUCGCAAACCCAUUAACCUGCCAGUUGUGAAAAAUGACCAGUUCCGAGAGGGGAAGAGGGAGAGGAGGGAGCGGUCUAGGUCCCGAGAAAGACACUGGGACUGCAGGAUGAGGGACCACCAUGACAGGGGCCGGGAGAAAAGGUGGCAGGAGAGAGAACCAGCCAGGGCAUGGCCGGAAGGUGACUGGGAGAGAGAGAGGGACUUCAGAGAUGACAGGGUCAAGGGGAGGGAGAAGAGGGACAGAAGCAAGUAGACUAUCCCUCCCCCUCUUCCUCCCCAAACCCAAAGGAAGGUGCAGGACCAGUAAGAGUGCAGGGAUACCACAUUGCCUGUGUAUAGAAUCUAAGUCCAGUGGUUGAAUAAAACUGAUGAAAAUGAAAACAGAA